AUGACAAAGGAAGAAAUUAAAGACAAGAAGAGAAAAGUUGUGGAUGAAGAGGUAAUUGAGAAGAAGAAGAGUAAAAAACAUAAGAAGGAUAAAAAGGAUAAGAAGGACAGAAAGGAAAAGAAGGAUAAAAAACAUAAAAAGGAGAAGAAGAGUGAUGAAGCGGAUGCACCACAGAAAGAGUCUGAAAAGAAACUUGAACCUACUUCUGCAGUGGCUAAUGAGUUCUAUUCUCAGAGCGAAGCAUUAACCAAUGUUCCACAAGUAGAAGUUGACGAAUAUUUCAAGGAGAAUGAAGUUGCCGUUGAGGACCCUUCUAACCUGAAUCUACGUCCUUUAUUAUCAUUUGAUUAUCUUUCCUUGGAUCCCUCUAUUCAAGCAGAAAUUUCUAAGUUUCCAAAACCAACACCAAUUCAAGCUGUGGCGUGGCCAUAUUUGUUGUCUGGUAAAGAUGUUGUUGGUGUUGCUGAAACUGGUUCUGGAAAGACAUUUGCUUUCGGUGUUCCGGCUAUUAGUCAUUUGAUGAAUGAUCAAAAGAAAAGAGGUAUACAGGUUUUAGUAAUUUCCCCAACAAGAGAAUUGGCUUCCCAAAUUUAUGAUAAUUUGAUUAUAUUAACCGACAAAGUUGGUAUGCAAUGUUGUUGCGUUUACGGUGGUGUUCCAAAGGAUGAGCAAAGAAACCAAUUAAAGAAGUCACAAGUAGUGGUUGCUACUCCUGGUAGAUUAUUAGAUUUAUUACAGGAAGGAUCUGUUGAUCUUUCUCAAGUAAACUACUUAGUGCUAGAUGAAGCAGACAGAAUGCUAGAAAAGGGUUUUGAAGAAGAUAUCAAGAAUAUCAUUAGAGAAACGAAUGUAUCCAAAAGGCAAACUCUUAUGUUUACAGCUACCUGGCCUAAGGAAGUCCGUGAAUUGGCUUCCACUUUCAUGAAAAAUCCAAUUAAGGUAUCUAUUGGUAAUACAGAUCAAUUAACCGCCAAUAAAAAAAUCACACAGAUUGUUGAGGUCGUGGAUCCACGCGCAAAAGAGAGAAAGUUAUUGGAACUGUUGAAAAAGUACCAUUCUGGUCCAAAAAAGAAUGAAAAAGUCUUGAUUUUUGCCCUUUAUAAGAAGGAAGCCGCUCGUGUUGAAAGAAAUCUGAAAUACAACGGAUACAGUGUCGCAGCUAUUCAUGGUGAUUUGUCCCAACAACAAAGAACGCAAGCUUUGAAUGAGUUCAAAAGUGGCAAGUCUAACUUGCUAUUGGCCACCGACGUUGCGGCAAGAGGUCUGGAUAUACCAAAUGUUAAGACCGUUAUUAAUUUAACUUUUCCAUUAACUGUGGAGGAUUAUGUCCAUAGAAUCGGUAGAACCGGUAGAGCUGGUCAAACGGGUACGGCUCACACUCUAUUCACUGAACAAGAAAAACAUUUGGCUGGUGGGCUGGUUAACGUGUUGAAUGGUGCUAAUCAACCUGUUCCUGAAGAUUUGAUAAAGUUCGGUACUCACACCAAAAAGAAGGAACAUAGUGCUUAUGGUUCAUUCUUCAAAGAUGUUGAUUUGACUAAGAAACCAAAAAAAAUCACUUUCGAUUAG